UUUGACGUUUCCUCGUCAACAAAAACUCGCGAUCUUUUCGAGGCUGAUGAAAAAAUUAAAAAGUACCAUUUUUACAGCGCUAAAAAGUAUUGAAAUAUCAAAAAAUGGCAGGCGUUCUGUUUGAAGAUAUAUUCAACGUUAAAGACAUGGAUCCAGAAGGCAAGAAAUUCGAUCGCGUGAGUCGAUUACACUGCGAAUCAGAAUCGUUCAAAAUGGAUCUUAUUUUGGACAUUAAUUCCUGGAUUUAUCCGAUGGAGUUGGGCGAAAAGUUUCGGUUGGUGUUGGCGACUACCCUCAGGGAGAACGGGUACCCCGACGGAGGGGAAUGGAACCCUCUGGAGACGGAGGGAAACCGCGCCGACAGCUUUGAGUAUGUCAUGUCGGGGAAAGUUUAUAGGAUAGAAGGCGAUGAAGCGGCCAUGGAGCCAGCGUCCCGGCUCGCAGCGUACGUCUCAUUCGGCGGACUCCUCAUGCGUCUGCAAGGAGACGCAAACAACUUGCACGGAUUCGAAGUGGAUCAGCACAUGUACCUUCUCAUGAAGAAACUAGCUUUUUAAUGUCUUUAUAGUGUUAGGUUAUUAAAAUAAUUCAAAUACACCCACAUUCACAAACAAAGUGAAGC